CUAGGGGGGAGUAAUACAUUAGUGUGUACAGGAGACUGUCUGUCAUAUGUUGCAUGAUUGAACCGAGAGCAAUUUAUGUUUAAGUUUCCCAUAAUGAUUUUAAAACGGUGUUUGUCCCUAUUGAGUAGAACAGAUGUGAAUGUGAUGCAUGAGUUUAAAGUUUACCUCAGACCAUUCUCAUCUCUCCCUCCCAGGAUGUUGCCGUGCCGCUCCCUCCCUCUGUCUAUUCUCUUGCUCCUCCUGGUUGUUGCCGAGGCGGGCCUGUGCGUUGCUGUCACCACCCAGCUGCACGGUAGUUUCCGUGGCUGCGCGGUGCGGGAUUUUUCCUUCGUGGCCCAGAAGCCGGGAUGCAGGAACCUCCGCAUCGAGACGGAGGCCUGCUGGGGACGCUGCCAUACCUGGGAGAAACCGCUCCCAGAGCCCCCCUACGUCCAGCGGCAUCACCGUGUGUGUUCCUACGGUCGUACUCGCUACCUGAUGGUCCGUCUGCCAGGCUGCCAGCCCCACGUCUCUCCGCUCUACCCCUACCCCCUCGCUCUGCAGUGUCACUGCACCGUCUGUUCCACACAGGAUACGGAGUGUGAGACGUUCUGAUACCAACUUCUGUGUGUGUGUGUGUGUGUGAAAAGAUUUAAGGUUGAUUUAAGCAAUGAGGCCCGAGGGGUUGUGGUAUAUGGACAAUAUACCACGGGCUAAGGGCUGUUCUUAUGUACGACGCAACGCGGAGUGCCUGGACACAGCCCUUAGCCGUGGUAUAUUGGCCAUAUACCACAAACGCCUUGAGGUGCCUUAUUGCUAUUGUAAACUGGUUACCAACACAAUUAGAACAGUAAAAAUACAUAUUUUCUCAUACCCGAGUUAUACGGUUUGAUAUACCACGGCUGUCAGCCAAUCAGCAUUCAGGGCUCGAAUCACCCAGUUUUAUAAAAUGCUUUAUACCACUGUAAUAUGACACAGCAACCUUGUUAGAAAAUGUAAUAAUAUAAUAAUAAUAAUAAUUAUACAAUUU